AGUGAGUUUGCGGCAAAGUCGAUUCUGAUGCCAAGACCACCAAUGUCGUCAACUCGCCUGCAAGCCGCUUUCCAUCCAUCCAAACACAAGCUUCAAGCUCCAACAUCCGUAACUAUAUAAAUACUCCGUACAACAACGUACAACUCGAUACACGAACCGCAUAACCACAGACCAUACCACCAAGCUGCCUUGCCCUCAGCAGCGACCAUGUGGAUCAACGGGCUGGGGCUUUUCGCCCUCGCAUCAUCAGCAGCGGUAACAACCGUCGACGCAUUCAGAGAUACAUCGCCCUUCUUCCUCUUCUCUACACACGAAACCGCCUUCCCCGUCCCCUCCCGCCAAUUCGAAGCCGCAAACACACUCUCCACCUCCCUCUCCACCUCCCCCGCUCUCAAAUCCUGCUCCGCAGCCACCUACAUCCUCAUCUCGCAACCGGGCGUGCACGCACGCGAUUACAGCUCCGGCGAUGCCACGCCGCGGCUACGGCGGCGGGUGCUGAAGCUGGAUGAGGAGGUGAAGGGGAGUUUUGCCGUUAGUGAAGUUGUGGGCCGGGUGGAUGUGGAUACGUUGCAGGGGGUAUUGGAGGAGGGGUGUGGGGUGGUGGUUGAGAGGGUUGAUGUGUCGGGCACAAAACUACAGACAUACACGAAAACACCGCUGGUUCUCAGGGUUGAUUUUGCCAGCGUAGCUGCGGACUCGAAUAGAUCUGAACAACUCGUCAAGAAUGAUGAGUUCCUUGAUGCCAUCAUCGACCGCCUCCCGUCGCGCGAUUACACUGUGCUAUACACCACGACGCCCAGAGAGUUUACCCCGGCGGGUAUCGAAACAGAGGAGCCGGCCAUAUACAACGAGAUCGACACAGAUAUCUACCAGAACCCGCUGCGGACCAAUAUGAAUCGGGACACCGCGGCGCAUUCGCAUGUGCGCCGUGAUGGCGAGGGUGAUGGUAAAGACGACGGUGACGAGCAAUGGAGGAAUCAACCGUUGUUUGAGAAGUAUCAGUUCCUUAGCCCGGGAAUAUUCAUGGGACUGAUGGGCGGCCUGUUAUUCGCCCUGGUUACCUACGUGGGGCUUUCGGCCCUGUUAAGCCUGAAGGUGUCCUAUGCUGCAUUUGAGAAGGAUAAUAGUCCUGCGGCAGCAAAAAAGCAGCAAAAAGUUUUGUUUUUUGUUCCUCGCUUUGGCCCAUAAAGGGAAAACGGGGGUUUUUUU